GUUAUAAUCAAAGGGUAUCCAUGGGGCAGGGCAAUCUACACUCGCCAGGUCUCCCGUGUCAUUUGGACGUAAUUGCAAUGAGGAGCAAUGAGAAGGGUCACAAGACACUUGUGAAGUGGGGUUGAGCCAGAGGGAGAGAGAGAGAGGAGGAGGAGGAGUAGAGGGAAAACCAUCCUCCGUCCUGUAGAUCCAUCAGUGGGCAGACUGGAGACGGAUGAAAGCUCUCCUCCCAUCCUUCUCUGCUGCAUCCAUCCGCUCUCUUAUCCAUCCAUCUAACCAUCCACCACCCCAUCCACCUAUUCAUCUCCAAGGGCGUCUCAAGGGGUGACAAGACCCGACUGAACGGCAAUGUAUACGCGGACGCGUGCGUGAGUCAUUCGUGUGCGUGAGCCUCUGCGAGCGUCUGGUCUUGUCUGUGGAACCUCCGACAUGAGGGGCUGAAACAGAACCGACAGAAGGAUGAAAAUGCUCCGGUUUCGCAGCCCCAGCCUCCGCUCCUUGGACCAGGAGAUACUCUGUACGAUCCGGUUACUGGACGACUCCGAGAUCUCCUGCAGCAUUCAGAGAGACACCAGAGGCCAGUUCCUGUUGGACCAUGUGUGCAAUCACUACAACCUGCUUGAGAAAGACUACUUUGGUAUUCGAUAUGUAGAUCCCGAGAAACAAAGGCACUGGCUGGAGCCCAAUAAACCCGUAGUGAGGCAGAUGAAGUCAGCUCAGCAGCCGUACACGAUGUGCUUCCGGGUCAAGUUUUACCCGCAUGAGCCAAUGAAAAUCAAGGAAGAGCUCACCAGGUAUCUCCUGUACCUUCAGUUGAAGAGAGACAUCUAUCAUGGUCGUCUACUGUGUCCUUUUGCUGAAGCUGCAUAUCUGGGAGCCUGCAUCAUACAGGCUGAGCUUGGGGACUAUGACCCAGAGGAGCACCCAUCAGACUACAUCAGAGACUUCAAGCUGUUCCCUAAACAAUCCCUCAAACUGGAGAGGAAGAUAAUGGAAAUUCACAAGAAUGAGCUCAGGGGCCAGUGUGCUGAACUAGCAGAGCUGAACAUGCUCCAAAGGGCUCACAGUCUUGAAACAUAUGGAGUCGACCCUCACCCAUGCAAGGACUUUACAGGCUCUACUGCCUUUCUUGGGUUCACAGCCACAGGUUUUGUGGUCUUCCAGGGAAACAAGAGGAUUCACCUCCUCAAAUGGGCUGAUGUUAGCAAGCUGAAGUUUGAAGGAAAAACCUUUUACGUCAUUGGCAUUCAGAAAGAGAUCUCCUUAACAGGCAGGAUUCACUGUAACAGGAUGAAGAAGCUGGUGUUGACAUUUCACACCUCGACCCCUGCAGCGUGUAAGCACUUAUGGAAGUGCGGGGUGGAGAACCAGGCCUUUUACAAGUGUGCAAAGUCAAGUCAGAUAAAAACAGUUUCCAGCAGUAAUAUCUUCUUCAAAGGCAGCAGGUUCAGAUACAGUGGCAGAGUAGCCAAGGAAGUGAUAGAAGCCAGCUCCAAAAUUCAGAGAGAGCCACCAGAAGUGCGCAGAGCUCAGUUUGGUCAGAGUCGAAGUUUUAACUCUCUGAGCCAUAAAAAUCUCAUCAUGAACAUGGAACCUUUGGUACCUGCACUGCCCUCCACCAACGAAUACGAAGAGACGGCCGUGGACAGCGGUGUUGCUGCUGUGAAGGACUCGGUCCCCUUGUCUCCCCUCAAAUCUUCAGCUGGGUCUGCAGAUGCAGAGCAGCAAAGUACUGAAGCAGGAAACUCUGCUUCGGGCAAUGACUUGCAGCCUCGUGUUUCCAUGGAAACCUCAAAUCUCCGACCUCAGACGCCCAAAGCUGAACAUGAAUUGGAGGAAGACGAUGAGGCCAGCGGCACACUGACCAUUUCUGAGCUUACUUACAGUCCCUGUGCCAGCAUGCUUCCCACCCCAGUGGACGACAGCCAGGGAGGAGUCGACUUGCUCUUCUCCUCUCCAGUUCAAAGCCCCGCCAGGUUGCUUAGGGAGCUCCAUGCUGAUCCUGACAUCCAGGCCCAGCUAGAGGCCGAGAGGGAGCGAGACAGGGCCUAUGAGCGCACCCGCCUGGCUGCGAGAAGUCGAAUGAGCGGAGUCCUGACCAGCAGUCUGCGCCUGCUGUCAUCCAAUGACAGAGUCAAUGCUUGCGUGUUGAGCGUGGCCCGCUUUGUCGCUGUGGUAAUGGGGGUCCUGCUCGUCACCGUGCCCACACUGCUGCUGCUGCUGGAGUCAGAUAUUGAUGUAUCCUUCCUCCAUGAGAUCCGGCAGACACCGGAGUUUGAGCAGUUUCACUACGAGUAUUACUGCCCGCUCCGACGCUGGAUCCUGUGUAAGAUCAGCAUGGCCAUGGAGAACCUGUGGUCAGACUGAGAAGGGAAAAGACAUUCAGAAAAAGAGCAGAGAGAAGAGGCACUGUGAGGAAAACAAAUACGUCCAAGUGUAUGUCUUAACAUGUGAUUUAAUCUUAUAUUUAAUCUAGUAUUCAGCCAAAACACCAGUCUGCCAAAGAGAUGAAAUGAGACUGUAGUUUAUGCAACACUACAUUGGCUCACAAAAUUCUUGUUGGAUGUUUCAUUCAAAAAAUCAAUUACAUUUCUGUCAGGAUCCCUAAAAUGAGUUAAAAACACUGGGACAAGAACAUUUGUUUCACCUCUUUGGCUGCGUAAUUUGCUGCUUGGAAGAGAGAAAUACGAUUUUAAUAGUAGCAUUUAGUCACUUGUUAAGAUAAACACUUCAGAUAUUGAUGAAGUGAAAAGGUAGAGGACAGUAGAUGCUCAAGGAGGAACUUGUGGAAAGGGAUGUAAUGGACAUAGAAAAAGUCACAAAAAGAAGAAAUUUGAAUGGCUGUUCACUCCUGAUGCUGAUAAGUUGAUGCGGAGACUCUCCACAAACCUUUCUGAUUGGUUCCUGUCCUUGGAGCACCUGAUUGGUAACAGAGCCUGUCAGUCAUGACGGAGUGGGUGGACGCAGAAAGCUAUGAUUGAUUAGUCACUGAACAACAACAUCCACAGUCAGAGAUACAUUAUAUAAAUAUAUAUACAUAUAUAUUUAAAAAAAACCAAGAGAUAUUGAUAAUAAUGCCAAUUAAAAAAACGUGUUUUUAACAUUUUGUACAUUUUUAUGUGAUCAGAUCUUUCAGGAAUUUUUCAGUCAGAGGAUCUACUUUGAGCUUAUUUUCAAAUUAAUAGUUUACAAAAGAUUACAAAAAAAGCGAAUUUGCUGAGAUUUAUCAGGGUGUGAGUGUUGAGAAACUAUUUUUUAGGACAACCACCAACAGUUGUUGGCUUGGUAGCACCCUGGCUUUUUCCUACAGAGGCUAUAGCACAAAUCUUUUACACAGAUCACUGAUUACAACUGUUUCAGAUUACGUGAUGUCAUUUUGGAAAGAUGAGGAAGGCCGGAGAAAAACUCUCAGCUUGUUUUCUUUGAUAAAAUGUGUUUCGAUGAAAGUGUAAAUGUCAUCUGAACUAAAUGUUAGCUCAUUAGUUUACGGUCGCUCAUGCAUCUUCAAACAGUGUGGACAGAGUCUGCGGUAAACGUAUGAAAAAAGAAAGAAAAGGUUACAUGGAAGUUUAUGAGGGAAAAUGAUCGUGGAAUUGAGGUUCGUUUUUGAUUAGUCAGCAGUGUGCUACUUCACAGGGAGCUGUGCAUAAGUUUCAGGAGAAACUAAAGAUGGGUUGGUGUGGCUGACUCAAAAGAGUGUGCUCCAACGACACUGUGGGACAAGUGAUGCGUGUAAUGGCCUGAAACCACUCAUGAAGGUAAUGUAUUGGCGCGGUUGCAGUUGCAGUUAUUAAUCUUGCAGAAUAAGAUCAGCAGUUUGGUCACAGACACAGUCAUUGGAGUACAUUUCUAAAAGCUUCUGUGGUUGCAUCAUGUUGAGUAUUUAUCUUUGGAUGUGACCAAAGACGGAGGUAUCAUGUUGCACUGUAGACACAGUGAAUCAUGGGAUUCUGGUUUGAGGAGAUUUAAGGUUCUGUUCAUGGAUAUAUACUUCUGAUUUGGCUUAAGUAUUUACCCCGACCAGUCAUCAAAUAAACUAAAACCUCUUUCCUAGCACUGUAUAGGCCCCACAGGUACUGGCAAUAUCCUCUGAGAGUGAGCAUUAACGAUCCUCUGUUUCCUGGGAAUGCUUGAUCAGAUUGGGACCUAAGGAUAUUGGAUGACAGGUCAGCACUGCUUUAUUUGCUUUACUUGAUAGAUAUCAAAGUAUAUUAACACGAAGGCCUACAGUUUCAUAGCGAAACAGUCCCUAUUCACUUCAGGUCUGAGUGUUUGCAUAGACUCAUCAUCAAUGUCAUGAUAAUCUGUGGAUUUUAAUGAUUUCUUUGAGCAGUUUUUUCAGGGUGGAAUGAUUUUACAACAUACAACAUCUUUAAUGAUUAUAAAAAAACACAAACUUUGUGCAUGAGUUUCAAUUUAUUUUGUAUUUUCUCUAAUUCACAAAGGGAUAGUUUAAGUAUAAGUCAAAAGUAUGCAGGCUUAAAUAUAUAGAUGUACUCUGACUAAUAUUUUGUUGAAAAUCUCUUGUUGCACCUUGACCUCAUGCUUUUGGUAGCCAUCAACAUGUCUGUUGUAAUUCUAGCUGGACAUCUGACCAUUCUUGGCAGAACUGGUAGAGUUUAUUUAUUAUUUAUUCAAGCGACACCCUGUGUCCACCCUGUGUCGAUUAGGCAAAGUCCAAAAUACAUUCAAAAUAGUGUAGCCGGUCUGCUGUACAUUGAUUCCAUGCUGGGAAAAGAACAGUUCAAGGAAAUCAUUAAAAGCCCAAAGUUGCCAUGACCUUCAUGACGAGUGCAUGUAAACAUCUGACCACAACUGUAACUUGUUGUUGAUUGGUGUGUAAAUUUAGGAUCGACUCAAGUCAUUGGAAGUGACAUCCUGCUAUAUGUAUACACAGGAAAACUGAUCUGGAUCAGAGAGUGUAGGAUUUUAGAAAUUAUUCACAUUUGUCUGCCAUGAAAGUAUAAAAGGUGAGGUCAAAUAUAAAGCAAGUCAAGGUUUCUGUGUGUGUGCUGUCUGUAUAGAUGAUCUCAAAAGUGUCACUAAGUAAAAGUUUACUUUUUGGACCUUACAGCCAUCAACUUGUUGGUUGAACCUGUGACGAUGGCUGUCUGUUACGACAUAGUGACUCUGAAUGAAAGUGAUGCUAAAUGGCUUCAGAUCAAAUGAAAACAGAUGUAGUUGUGUCCGAAAUGUAGUUUGAUUUGGAUCAACUUCUCAGGAAAGGGCAUUUAUGCAGUUUAUGUUAAAAAAUUAAAAAGUCAUUAAUAAAAAAAAACAUGCAUAUACACACCAUGUAAUUUAUCCAUAACCUUUAUCUCAUAUGUCUUGCUAUUUAGAAUAACCAAGCACUGUAGGUGAAGUUAGACAUUAAUAUGUUGGCUGACUGUCUGUGUUGUUGUAGCAUAAUUUCACAUAACUAAUGUAUGCAUCCAUGUCAGUUUCAUUAAAAUACUACACAAAACUCCUUCUCUGAGAGCCUGUACGUGCAGUUUGGCCUUCAUAGAUAAACUUCAAUGCUCAUUGCACUACUAUCACAACUGGGAAUGGCUACACAGUAUAAUUUCGAGCCAGUCUCGAGGGUCUAUUACAAAAUCAUCACUUAAAGUUGAUUUUUCCACUCCUUGUAGUCUUUGUAAGUGAGCUGCUACAGAGGCUUCUGCAGUGCACAGCCCUCACAUUCUCUUCUAUUUAUUCUGCCUCAUGUUAUCAGCUGUGUUGUCGUGUAACUGUGGACUUUAUGCAUUAACAAGCUUUAUGCAUAUAUAGCAGAUAUGCAGUAACAACAGGAACAAGUUUAUUUGAGGACAAAGCAUUUAUUUUCCUACUACAGCACAUGCACUGAGUUUCAAAGGUGAAACUGAGCAAAGGGCCAAAUGACUCUGAUGAAGAUGUUUGCAUCUAAUGCUGCAGAUUCUGAGAUUUUUUUUUUUUUUAAAUGCCUUCACUUGAGUGAACAAAGCUGAUCUGUAUGCACUGCUAAAUGAUCACCAUCAUCUCUGUCUUCAUAGCGUGUAUGCACAGGCAUCAAAGUGCUCAAGAGAUUCACCACAGAUUAAAAGACUCUUCACGGCUCUAAA